GACAUCGUUCAUCUCUCUCAUACACAUAGGGAUUGGUAUUCUGGACGGGGACGGGGUGAGGCGGAGGCUCCCGUCGAAGUGGCCAGGCCACGCGCGAUCGCUUGUUCGUCCGUUGUUGCACAUCGAGUCAAUCGUUUUCAGUGAGAGAGCGCGUUCCUCCGCGCUCAAAUAUACAUAACCUAAAAACUAAACAAUCUUGAUUAUUUUUAGUACUGUUUAAAAUCGUUAUUACUAUAUAAAUACUCAUGAUAACCUCGAAUUUUUAGUUUGUGUUGUGAAAGACUACGCCUAAGCAAGGGGGCGUACGUGGAGUGUAUUUUUGUGGCUAACAAAGUAAAUACAAACGGCAAGCUGUGGGGAUCGGGGGCCUUUUUUUUGCCGCCGCAGGGGAUGUAUUAUCCUCAUAUGGUGGGGACGGGUAUGGCGACCCCGUUCCCUGCGGCGGCGGCGGCUGCGGCUGCGGCUGCACAAUUUGCCGCUAAUGGCGAUGCCCUUGCGGGAGUGAAGGCGGACGCAAGUGGCCCGACGCCCUCUUCACAACCACCUCUAGUUAAAAGCGAAGGUCCACCGACAUCGACAGCGCUCUCGACGAACAAUUUCUCACCCCAACCUCAGUCACAGCAUCAGAAUUCAAUAGAAAACCAGAAUAGUUCACAAAGCGAAGGGGAGUCAAACGAAGAAAACACGCCGGUCAGCGUGGCAGCCGCGGUAGCACAGCAGGCGGCGGCCGUUGCUGUGGCUCAGCAGACCGCAGCCGCCCACGCCGCGGCCGCCGCUGUCAAUGCGGCUGUCGCAAACGCAAAUGCAUCCGUGGCCACCUCACCCGAGAAGACUUUAGUGCCGAUGUCACAAGCCUCGCAACCAAAGCGGCUACACGUCUCCAACAUACCGUUCAGAUUUAGAGAUCCCGACCUCAGAAAUAUGUUUGGGCAAUAUGGCACAAUACUUGAUGUAGAAAUUAUCUUCAACGAGCGCGGAUCGAAGGGAUUCGGUUUUGUAACAUUCGCAAAUAGUGGUGAUGCGGAGCGAGCACGAGAGCGUCUUCACGGCACCGUGGUUGAGGGCAGAAAGAUAGAGGUCAAUAACGCGACAGCGCGGGUACAAACGAAGAAACCGCCAACCGUUCCAAACGUGUGUGUGCAGUGGCCCGAAGGUGAGACCUCGCCAUUUGUGUCCGGCGCCGGCUCGCUGCGAGGUGCGGCCGUGCUGCGCGCCCGCUCCCCGCGCCCCGCACCGCACACCCUCCCGCACGCACAGCACGCCUUGUUGCCCCGCGCCGCCGCCUACGCACAUCACUUGCACGCCUACGCACCUGUUUAUUACGACCCGUUCCUAGCCGCAGCCGCUACAGCUGACUCCAACUACAGACUACAGGCCGCAGCAGCCGCGGCGGCGGCAGCGAGCCCCCUGCUGAAGUCUCCGCUGACGUCGGCGCAGCACUCGGCGCUGGCGGCGGCCGCGGCGGCGAACUACGGGGCCGCCGCGCGCGCCGCCGCCGCCGUCUCCGCCGCGCCCGCGCCCACCGCCCUCGCGCCCGUGCCCGCCACGUACGGCAGAGAAUAUGGAGAUCCUUACCUAGGACACAGUAUAGGACCGGUUACUGGCUAUGGGGCUGCAGUAUACAGGAGUGGAUACAACAGAUUCGCACCGUACUAAGCCAGUGGAUGAAACGAUUCAACUCGAAUAUGAAAAAAAACUCCGUCACCGUUACAUGACAAUGAACUCUCUCGUAAACGUACAAAUAUGUAAUUCUUAAACGUAAGGAAGAAGGAAACUUAGAAUAUAGAAAACAGCGAAGCGGUAGUACGAAGAAGAAGAUCUCCGUCGCGAUCCUGCUGGCGUCUGAGAACGUUACCUGCGAGACGAUCCGUCUCCGGGGACUAGUAUACCAAAGCCGUUAACAAAAAAAAAGUCUUAACGCAUAACUUAUUAAGUUUAAUAAUCCAUUGUAAAUUUAUACGUGUACCUAAUUCGAUACAAGUGCGGGCAGCUGAAACGCUUUCCUUCUGUAGCGAGUGCGCCGCGAAACGUACUCCUAUUAACUAUAUAUGAGGCCGUCAGCGCAAAAGUGGCCUAAGCUUACCAAGUAUGGAGGCCAUUAGUUUUAAAUUUUCAUAAAUUUGAAUUUCGAGUAAUAAUGUUUACAAAGCUAUCUGUUAUCUAUGGGUUGAAACUAUGGAUAGGCCGGUUUUGCAUUAUUUAUUAUAUUUUAAAUAAAUUCCAAUAUACGUCAUAUAAGCUUGAAUAUAAAAAAUUGUGGGUUAGGCCACUUUUGCGCUAAUGGCCUCAUAUAUGACUACAGUGCGGCUUUAGAUCCAAAACGAACUUUGUUAAGAACGCACAUAGCAUUAUAAUAUUGUUGUCUCGUGUAGUUGUUACAUUAUGGUAAUGACAAUAGUUAAACGAUGUAAAGAUAUUUAGAGAGCUUUGCACUUGCAUAUCACGUUGUAAUGGAGUUUGUAAAUACCUCACAAUUUACAUUAAUACUCACCGUGACUUCGGUCGCGUUUUUGCAAUGCAAAAAUAUAAAGUUGAUUCUACGAAUGUUUUAUAUAUAUAUAUAAUCUUUCCCAAACCAAUAUAUAUUAUGUAAAUUAUCUAGUAAAAUAUACAAUAUUGUUCUUGAUUACUCGAUGAGGUAAUUUCAGAUUUGUAUCAGUUUUUUUUCUUCAUUUAUACUAAAUUUCUUUAUGAAUUAUCCUUUUGGUCUCCUAUUGUACUUUAGGGGUAAAAUGUUAUGUAGUAAUCAAAGUAUGUAAACAAUAGUUAGAAUAAUUUAUUAUUCCUAUGUAUGUUACGUACAUGGUCAUUGAUUCAGCAUAAAAUUUUAAGCUUUUUCUAUGCACCCGUUUAAAUAAUAAAAUAAAAUACUCAGAAUGUUGAGUGGUGCAAUUUUAACAGGUGCCGUCUCUAUUGUCGCCAUUGUUCUCAUAUACUUAUAUUAAUUACACUAGAAACACAUUUGGUUGCUAGCUAAUUUUUGUAGUAGUAUCGUAUAAAUUAUUUAAAGUUUAGUUGCACUGUGUAAUCUUGCAUCUCAUAAUGAAACUCUUAAACUACUAAGAAAUAUUAUAUUGUAUAUUGAACUCUUAUACGGAAAUAGGGUAAACAAUACUGUUAUUGGCACCAGUAUAAUACACAUUCUCUUAAAAUUUCAGAAAAUAAACGAUUUUUCCGUUUAUUGGUAAGUCUAUUUUACUAUAGUAAAUGUAAAGCUUUUUGUAAAAUUAUUAAAUCGUUCACAUCUGCCUUAAAAAUUGUGUGGAUGUGAUGGUGAUAAUAGAAAUAGAAGGACCAAUUUGAAAAAAAAAAAUUUUUUUUUGUAUAGGCUUAUGAAACUGAAAAGAGCAGUUGACUAAUUAAUUAUCUUUGUUUCUCAAUUAUUACAUCGGAUUAAAAAUAAUUAAAUGUUUUCAUAAAACAAAGCUUCCGUCCCAGUGGGCGUACCAGAAUGCCAGUGCCAAUCAUUGUAUAGUUUACCCUAGCCCUGUUUUUGUAAAUGACGUGUAAAAUUGCUUGUCGAUUAACAAAUUAGAAAUGAGAAGUUAUAACGCAGUACAUUUGUUACGAACUGUAGGUUGCUAGAUAAUAUCUAAUGUUUACUUGAUACGUAGGCGUAAUGCUUUUAGCUUUAGCGGAAUUAGGAAUGAAGCGAACUCCGUCGAGUUCUCACAUAUCAUUGAGAUUUUCUCCUUGUAAUUUUUUUAAUUCAUUUUAUAAUGUAAUUUUUAAACAUUAUUUUUUAUUUAAAUCCGAACCGUGUCGUUAUUUAAAUAAUUGAAUCUGAACGUAAUGUAUUUUCGUUUUAUUGAACAAGCACGCAUACGGGUCCAACCCUUUUAGGUGUCGUAAAUUUUAGAUCGUACAUUUUCAUUAGGAUGUAAAUUUUAUUAUAGCGUGUACGGAUUCGCUCAACGUUUUAUACCAAAGCACAAAAACCCAACGAUUCUCGCGUGAUCGGAAAAUUAUUCAAGUCACCAACUAACUUCUCUAUAUAGAUUAAAUAGUCUUUCAUUCGGAAAAACUUACAUAAUCUAUUUUAACAAAACGUAUUUUAAUAAUUUUCAUUAAAAUUAGUAGAAUAUUCUCUACGGACAUAUCUGAUUGCCAUCUAGAUUAGUGUUUAUAUCAUGACGUGCGUAGUUCGAAGAUAUGAUUAAAUAGAUCUGAAACGGUUUCUGCGCUGCGCCGUGCGAUAUAAUCAAACGAAAAUAAUAAUUAUUAAGUCGUGCUGCUUCGUUGUUUUUAUGGUGGUUUAGAUAGUUUUUUUUUUUUAAUAAACCUUUUUACGCCACGGCAGUUCGAACGUGCUGCCAGCGAAAUUUUUUAAAUAAAAUUUAAGAUCACGUUAAUUACACUCGUUGAUCAUACACAAUGAUUUACGUAUGAACUCUAUAGACGUCUGUCAUUGUCUAAUAAAAUAUAAAAAAAAUAUAGCAAUUUUUUAGGUGCCGUGGCGUGCUAAAGGCUGAGUUUUAUUGAGUAUACGCUGACGUCAGGGUACGCGUGACCCUGCGGUGUGUAGCAACUCCAUGACACGUUCUAGUCUCUCAGCGCACAAUUAUAUGUUACGUGAACCACACGAAGGUGCUUACAGUUAUCUCUUUUUUUUUGUACAAUAACUGUCGUGAACAUCCGCCUCUCCGAGUCCGACGGUCCUCUCUGCGGGUCCCGUCUCGAACUGUUCGUGUCAUAUAUAUAUAUAUUUUUUUUUAAUUACUCGUGUACAAGAACGCACUCACCUCCUUAGUGCCACUGGCUUUACGUUUGUAAGUUACAAUCGAUAAUUUUAUUAGGUAAUUAUUAUUAUUAUUUUUAUGUAAUUGUAGUCUCGUUGCAGCUUCGAACAAAAUAUGUGCUUUACUGCGGAAUACUCACGCGUGGUCGCGUUAUUUUUUUAAAACAUUAGUUUUUAGUUACUUCUAUAUAUUGUUUUAUAGCGGUCUUUUAGCCGAGUACAGAUAUAAGUACACGUGAUUUGUAUUCGAUGAUUUUAUUUUCGUUUAGUUUUUAAUUAUUAAUUAGUGAUCGUAUUGAAAUCGGAAACGGAAGUCACAAAAUAAUUUUUAUUGUGAUCGUUGCGGCAAUAAACGAUACGCGUCUUGGUUUUUUUUUUUAAAUUGAAUUAGAAUUUAAAUGUCAAUCAAAUUAGUGUAAAAUUAAAUCAGACGGUUACGAAUUACAUUGAAACAUUCAGAAGUCGUGUUUGUUUAUUGUUGCCCUAAAGCUAUUGAAUAUUUUUAUAUAUAAUUUAAAUGACAAUGCGGAUAAAUCAUAAAUGCAGGUCGAUCAUUGUGUUUAGAAGGAAGAGAUCAUAAUGUAAGCCAAAUUAAUUGUUACAUGGGGAAAAAUCAGAAUUUAACUGACAUAUCUGACAAAAUGGUUAGUGUGAUAUGAGGAUAAAGCAUCAGAUACAAUGUAUUAUAGUUAUAUUAAUAAUCGAUAAAAUUAAGGAUGUAAUAUGUAUUUUGUAACGCGAUAUGUUUCUCGAUUUUUAGGAAAUGUUAAAAUUUUCAUACUAAAUAUUGUCUAGUUGUUUUAUGCUGUGCACAAAUUAGACGGCUUCGAUUCUAAUAUAAUAUUAGAUGUAACAAACGUUGUUGUUAUGUGCAUAAUGAAUCAUAUCAAUUAGAUAUCACCCCCCCCCCCCCCCCCCUUUACCUACAUCUUAGUAUUGUUGGUGAUGGACCACUCCCGGCCCGGAUGUUGUAUUCUCUCAUUCGUAUUGUUGAAAUUGUGCAGUAAAUUAAGUAACACUUGUUCGUCAAUUGCACUCGAUCCGUUGCGUUGGUAAAUAAAUAGCAAAUUUUAGUUUUUGUUUUUAAACGUCGGUCACACGGUUGAUUUUUCAAAUCGUCGCUCAGCUAACAAUAGCGCGCAAAUCCUUUAUUUUUUCGAACAGCGCUGAUAAAAUACAGAAUAUCUUUGCAUAAGGACUGUCAGGUAUAGUAGCGCGUCUGUAGCUAAUGACCAUCCAAGGAGGACAAACAUCACAAAAGUCCUUAGGAGAUUUUCAGUUGUAUUUUAGUCUCCGCUAAAAAUUAAACACUUUUUUUUCUUGCGCGAUGCUGUCAGUUCAGCGAUGAAAUGUCAUUCAUGUGUCGCAUGUGUGAAGCGAUUUACGCGAAUAUAAACCUUACGCGUACGAAUAAAAUGUAUGAAAACAAAAAAUAUUUAAAUUUAACUAUGAACCGAUCUAUUUUAACCUUUAAAUUCGCCAUUUUGCAAAUAAUAAAAAAUGCGCGCGCAUUAUAUCAGGGGACCUUCCGUAUUUUCCUCAUAGAACAGAGCAAAAGGUCCCAAAUAUUGAGCUUAAUCAAAAUAGUAACAAAAUUAUUGAAAAACUUGCGGUAGUUUUUGCAUUGUUUAAAAAAAAAUGAAAUUUGUUUCAAAUCGAUUGAUUUAGGGUUAAACUAAUUACAUUUUCUUUGCUCCAAAUUCAAUGUUUACUCCUGUUACAGUUUUUUUUUCAAUAAAAGCUCAUUCGACCAGUAUUUUCUAAUUAGCUAUUCUAGUCUGUUAGAUGAAACAAUUAAGACACCGCUCUCUAUCGCUUCGUGUGCCGUGAACACAUUUGCACAUACAGCACUAAAAAAAGCGAAUUUAAAGGUUAAUAGAAGGCAACUGCGGUCCGCGCGACCUGCGCGACUCACCAGUAUUCACAAUAGAUGCCGUGCUCAAACCGUAUCUGUAAAUUGUAAAAGUUACUUAUAUAUAACAAGUUUUAAAAGUUAAAAUAUAAAUUGUUACAUGAUGAAUGUCUUCCGUUUGGCACAUUAUACACAUUUUCGCACAUUAUAUUGUUGCACGGACCCGUUUGGACCCUUGAUGUGUGAAUGGAAACUAAAGUAUUCGGGUCCCAGUGCACGGUGUGUUCCCGAACGAUUUGUGAUUCUAAUGUAAACAUACGAAAGAUGAUUUUUUUUGUGUAGCAAUUUAAAAAUGAAUUGCAGUGUUGAUUUCAUCUUUUAAUGUAAAUAUUUUUUUUAUUGGAAAAUGAAUUGAAGUGAAUCAUUGAAGCCUCUGGCAUUGUGUACUCAUUUAUGUUAUAAAUAAAUUAAUGGUAUGCA